CCUCCUCGCUGCUCCUCCUCAGACGGGUCUCACUCCCUGCCUUCAUCGCCUCCACCAUCAUCAUCCUCAGAGACUGGCCCCCUGACCCCCGCCAUGGCAACGGUCAUCAGCACGCGGUUCUCUGAUGAGUAUCAGCUGUACGAGGAGCUGGGCAAGGGAGCAUUUUCAGUGGUGCGGCGCUGUGUGAAGGUUCUGUCGGGUCAGGAGUACGCUGCCAAGAUCAUCAACACCAAGAAGCUGUCUGCUAGAGAUCACCAGAAGUUGGACCGAGAAGCUCGAAUCUGUCGAUUACUGAAACAUCCCAACAUCGUUCGGCUUCAUGACAGCAUUUCAGAGGAGGCUCACCACUACCUCAUCUUUGACCUGGUCACUGGUGGGGAGCUGUUCGAAGAUAUUGUAGCCAGAGAAUAUUACAGUGAAGCUGACGCCAGCCACUGCAUCCAGCAGAUCUUAGAGGCGGUUCUCCACUGUCAUCAGAUGGGUGUGGUCCAUCGAGACCUAAAGCCAGAAAACCUGUUACUGGCCUCCAAAUCUAAAGGAGCAGCGGUGAAGCUGGCAGACUUCGGCCUUGCCAUUGAGGUGGAGGGAGACCAGCAGGCCUGGUUUGGCUUUGCAGGAACUCCAGGUUAUCUGUCUCCAGAGGUUCUGAGGAAGGACCCGUACGGGAAGGCUGUGGACCUCUGGGCCUGCGGUGUCAUCCUCUACAUCCUGUUGGUCGGCUACCCUCCGUUCUGGGAUGAAGAUCAGCAUCGUCUCUACCAGCAGAUCAAAGCUGGAGCCUAUGACUUUCCUUCCCCGGAGUGGGACACGGUGACUCCUGAAGCCAAAGAUCUGAUCAACAAGAUGCUGACCAUCAACCCGGCCAAACGGAUCACAGCGGCAGAGGCACUAAAGCACCCCUGGAUCUCUCAUCGCUCCACCGUGGCAUCCUGUAUGCACCGACAAGAAACGGUCGAGUGUUUGAAGAAAUUUAACGCCAGGAGGAAGCUGAAGGGAGCCAUCCUGACCACCAUGUUGGCCACCAGGAACUUCUCUGGAGGAAAGAGCGGCAGCAACAAGAAGGCCGACGGAGUCAAGGAGUCGUCUGAGAGCACGAACACCACCAUCGAGGACGAAGACACCAGAGUGAGGAAGCAGGACAUCAUUAAAGUCACGGAGCAGCUCAUCGAGGCCAUCAGUAACGGAGACUUUGAGAGCUACACGAAAAUGUGCGACCCGGCUGUGACGGCCUUUGAGCCCGAGGCUCUGGGGAACCUCGUCGAGGGAUUGGACUUCCACCGCUUUUAUUUUGAAAACUUGUGGUCUAAGAACAGCAAGCCGGUCCACACCACCAUCCUGAACCCCCACAUCCACCUGGUGGGCGACGAGGCCGCCUGCAUCGCCUACAUCAGAGUCACGCAGUACAUCGACUCCAACGGCACGCCUCGCACCGCCCAAUCAGAGGAGACCAGGGUGUGGCACCGCCGGGACGGCAAGUGGCAGAUCGUCCACUUCCACCGCUCAGGAUCGCCCUCCACCCUUAACAACUAACGGCGUCCUCCAGAGUGGGUGGGGCUCUGACGGGACUGCUGCCGCCGUGACAACAGGACGACGCACAGCAGGCCAGCUGUUGUCUGACACCAACCAUUCAGCAUUUUCUUUGACGGGUGGAGGAGACCGCGGGGUUAGAAAGCUUCAGUCCGACUCACGCGGCAACGAAUCCCAUCAUCAGUUCAUCAAUCAGUCAUCCAGCCAAUCAGCUUCCUCUGCUCACACUGCAACCGACCAAUCAGCUCACUUGGUGCAGUAACCAGUGGUAGGAAACCUUGUAUCUCCAGCUGUAAGCACACAGCGCCCCCUGUGGUCAGAGCCUCUCACUGAUUAAUGUCUGUCGUUAGCUCUGAGGCUGCGAUGCUACUGAGCAUGUGCAGAAACGUCUGUUUACUCUAUCGUGUUCUUUCAUCAGACAUUUAUUAUGAAUGUGAGCUGGAAAUGAACAGAACCAGUAAUCUGGAUCAGAACGAGCCGGUUUACAGUCUGAGAGAUGCAAGGUUUCCCCCUGCUGGUCAGCUUAGGUAUCUGCGGUGAUAAAUAAUAAUGAGUUAUAGUUUAUUAUCUCUAGAGUUAAAAUAGAAACUGAUCAGAUUUUUUACUGAUUAUAUCCUGAUCAUAUGAUAGUUUUUUCAUUUGAGUGUUUGAAUACAGAUAAUUUUAACAUCAUUUAAAGGUAAAUUUCCAGGUGCCAUGCAGAGAGCCCAGAAGCUUCCACCAUCUCCAGCCUUCGAUCUUCCACUUCAUCCAGCCGCCCCGUCAGGGAGGGCCUAACGAGCUACCUUAACGAGCUGCCUGCUCCUGCACGGCUUCAUCAGCUGCUUUAUUGUUCAGGCUGAGAUGUUUCCCAUGGGGAGAAGAAGAGAGCAGGAAGGGAAGACUGAGAGGAAGUGUUUC